GGGGUGCGGUGCUUGGCGGUGUUACUCUCAGCGACGGCUUUACCUCCUCCAUCUCGACACUCCCUGCGCAUAUUAGUCUGGGAUGGAGACCCUGGUACCUAUGGACCCUGCUGCCGAGCAGCCAGUCGUCGAGGAGCCGCAGGUCUGCCUUCCCGAGCACUGCUUUUACGCAUUCGACACCCUCUUUUGCGAGCUCACCAAGAAGAAGCCCCUACCUCCCACGUUUCCGGAUGAGAAAUAUGCUCUGUUCGUAACGUGGAACACUCGUUCAUCUCGCCCAGGCCGUGCACCUAGACUAAGGGGUUGCAUUGGCAAUUUUGAGCCGAUGCCCUUACACGAGGGCCUCGCAGAGUAUGCCCUCAUCAGCGCAUUCAGAGACUCUAGAUUCAAGAAGAUCGAGGAGUGGGAACUAGAGACACUUGAGUGCGACAUCUCCUUGUUGACCGACUUCGAGGGCGCUUCUUCGUAUCUCGACUGGACCGUUGGUGUCCACGGCGUACAGAUAUCUUUCCCGCACCCGACGUCGACCUCCUCUUCCGAGGCUCCCUCGCCUCUAUCCUCGUCGACCUCUGUGCCUACGCUGCAGACCUAUAGGCGCUCGUACUCUGCGACAUACCUGCCCCAGAUCGCGCCAGAGCAGGGCUGGGACAAGAUAGAGACCAUAGACAGCGCUAUCCGCAAAGCCGGCUGGAACGGGCGGAUAACAGAGGACGUCCGGCGCAGCAUUAAGCUGCGCAGGUACCAGAGCAGGAAGUGCACCGUCAGCUGGGAAGAGUACGUGCAGUGGCGCAAGGGAAACGGCGGUAAGAUAUGAUCGCGUACACUCGCCGGCUCUUGUAAUUGUACCUUCGUGCUCUCUGUCCUCAAUCACGCCUUGUGUAUUCUGAGAAUCUUGCAUUAUAUGAGCAAUGUAAUAUUAGUUUGUAAUACCCCCA